GAAGAAAAGUUAAGGGAAGAACCAGAUUCCAAGUUCUAGAAAGAGAGAAAAUAAAACAACAACAUGGGUUAAAUGCAAAUAAUUAAGACAGAACCACAAACAAAAUAAAAAAAGAAAAGAAGAAAACGAGGGGUGCUGCAUAAGAAUUAAGAAAAAGAAAAAGAAAAAAAAAGAAAAGAGAAAGGUCUUCUCUGGCUGCUGUUCUUCUUCUGUUUUCUUUUCUUCAGCUUUUUGAAGGGUAUUUGCAGAAAUUUGAAGGUCUCCAUAUAUAAGAAAAAUUGACAAUAGGCUCGAACCUGCAGAUUUUGAACUUAAUGAGUUCACUGAGUAGGUGGGUAUAGUGCUAAUGCUGGCAAUAUGGGAAAGAAGGGAAGUUGGUUUUCUGCAAUCAAAAGAGUUUUCACACCGCACCCUAAGGAAAAGGACUCGGAUAAAAGAAGCAGCAAAGAAAAGAAGUGGAAAGGCCUAGGAAAACUAAAGCGUGGAGAAACCAACUCCUUCAUUCCCCUCUUUAGAGAGCCUAGCAGUAUAGAAAAAAUUUUGGGCGACGCUGAAAGGGAGCAUAGACUAAUAUUCAGACCUCCAACACCUCCGGAGCAACCUAGUACACCGCCUUUUGUGUCUCCUAGGGCUGCUUCUCCACGUGUUCCUUCCCAAAGGAUUUCUUCUCCAAGGGUUGCUUCCCCAAGAAGAGUUAGUUCUCCAAGGGUUGCUUCUCCAAGAGGUGGUUCUCCCAGGGUUGCUUCUCCAAGGGCUGUUUCUCCUCCUCGCAGGGCACCUUCUCCACCUCUACGAGCUCCUCCUCCAAGAGUAGCUUCCCCAACCCCACGGGUUCCCAUUCCAAGAGCGGUAUCUCCUGGCAUCAUCCGCCAAAGACCAGAGCCAACUCUAAGGAACCACUAUGCUUCUGCUACAAAAAUCCAAGCCGCCUAUAAAGGUUACAUGGCAAGAAAAAGCUUUAGAGCUUUGAAGGGUCUUGUGAGGCUCCAAGGAGUGGUGAGAGGACAGAAUGUCAAGCGUCAGACUAUAAAUGCCAUGAAACACAUGCAGCUCUUGGUGAGGGUUCAGUCUCAGAUUCAAUCACGCAGGAUUCAGAUGUUAGAAAAUCAAGCACGAAAUCAGGCUAUGAACAAGGAAGUGGAGAGCACCUUGAGCAAAUGGGCUUCUGAGGCAGGUAGUGAAAACUGGGAUGAUAGCUUGUUGACGAAGGAGGAAAGAGAGGCAAGGAUGCAGAGAAAGGUGGCGGCAGUCAUCAAGAGAGAAAGGGCCAUGUCCUAUGCAUAUUCUCACCAGUUGUGGAAAGCAACUCCAAAAUCAGCUCAAAAUGCUCCAUCAGAUAUCCGAUUUGGUGCAUUUCCAUGGUGGUGGAACUGGUUAGAACGUCAACUGCCCCCUGCUAAUUCUUCUGAAAGCCAAGGCAUGAAGAGUUUCCAACUUACACCACCAAGGCCAAACUCUGAGCUGAAACCAAGUUCAAGGCCAGCAUCAAGCAGCAAGCAACAUCACUCUGGAUUUGAUACAAUGGAUACACCAAAAUCUACAAAAUCAACCAUAUUCCCCACACCAACAAAGCAUGCGCGAACACCACCUUCAUAUAGGCUCUUACAAGGGAACAGCUCGGGGUUGUCAAAGUACUCAAGACCAAGAGCUAGUGGAGCUGAUUCUCCAUUUGACUUGCCACUGAAGGAUGAUGAUAGCCUCAUCAGUUGCCCACCAUUCUCAGUUCCCAACUACAUGACUCCCACAGUUUCUGCAAAAGCCAAGGUCAGACCUAACAGCAAUCCAAAAGAAAGGUUUCCUGGGACCCCAAGGAGCGAGUCAAAUAGGAGGCUUUCUUUCCCCCUGUCACAAGGCGUUGGAUCUUUCAAGUGGAACAAAGGGUCCUUCUUCUCAGGCAAGGAUUCCAGCUCACAAAGAGGCUUGGAGAAGCACCAGUCACUUCAAUCUAUAGGCAAUUUGAGUGUGGAUUCAACCGUUUCUAUGCCUGCUACAGUUGGAAGGAAGCCAUUUAACAGAUUUGUGUGAUUUAUUUUUCCAUUUAGUUAACCUCUCUUUUUUUCUUUUUUUCUUUUUUUUUUUUCUCAUAUUGAUGUUUUUCUUACUUGAGUGUGUGGUGAUGUGUUGAGUUACAAAAUUAAUCGUGUAAAAUUAA